AUGGUGUUACCUUGGAGAUCAAGAGGAGGAGUAGCAAAGAGACGUAAUCAAUUGACUACCGGCGAUAUCUCCGUCGUAGAAACCAAGAUUCCGGUUCAACUCCGAUCAUCAUCGAGGAAGGAGCGGAUCAAGUCACCGCGCGUGCAGUUGUCACCACGCGAUGCGGUAGAGAUAAGUCAGAGGUUAGAAAACGCGGCGGCGCGUGAUGAAUAUGCCGAGUGUUACGAGAUUGUUACCAAAAUCAAGAACUUGGGAGGAGACGUGAACAGGAAGUGUUUGGUCCAAAACGGCGGCGUUGUCGCAUUGUCUUCUUGUUUCGAAAGGUUCGCUGCGGUGCGUGAGAGACACGAGCGUCUAUUGGAGGAGAUCUUGUUUGUUCUGUCUUCCUGGUUGCCUUUGAGUCGGUCAGAAGGUUUCUCCAAGAUGGGAUCAACGGCUUCGCUUAACUGUCUCGUAUGGUUCUUGAACAACGCUACUACAGACGCUAAGACGAGACAAAACGCUGCGUUCUGCAUCAGAGAGGUUAUUGCAGUAGACAAGAAGUAUGUGCAUGCGUUAACAGGUAUCGAAGGCGCUUGCGAUGGAUUAGUUAAGAUCAUCAAAGACUCUGUUUCGACGAGCUCCACGAAAGCAUCUCUAAUGGUGAUUUACAGAACGAUAUCGUGUAACGACAAGAUCGCGGCGAUAUUCGUGAAAUUGGGAUUGGUUGAAUUGAUCACAGAGAUGAUGGUGAACAAUGCCGAAAAGAGCGUUUGCGAGAGAUCUCUAGUUGUUCUAAACGCUAUAUGCGAUAACGAGCUAUGCAAAGAAGAUGUUCUUACAAACGCUUUGAUCGUUCCUCUUCUAGUGAAGAAGAUUCUAAGAGUUUCGGAUCUCGCGACACAAUGUUCGGUCUCGAUUCUUUGGAAGCUAUGGAAGAAUAAUAAUGGAGAUCGUUUGUUAGUCGAAGCUUUUCAAGUUGGUGCCUUUGAGAAACUUUUAGUACUAUUACAAGUUGGUUGCGAGGAGAAGACGAAGGAGAGAGCGAGCGAGCUCUUGCGGAAUCUAAACCAUUGUAGAAACGAGAUCGAGAAGACGAAUUGUGUCGAUUCUUCGAUGCAUUUGAAGAAUGUGAAGAAAUCUUUUUAAUCAAACAAUAACUAUUAUUCUUUGUA